AAAAAUAAACAAAAUAUAAACAAAAUAUACAGGGACACGACACGACAGGACGACUUACUGCUACGCCAUCUUGGAUAUCAUAGACUAGCGAACACACGAUGUCUGGAAGAGGUAAAGGCGGCAAGGGACUCGGAAAAGGAGGCGCCAAGCGUCACCGUAAGGUUCUCCGCGAUAACAUCCAGGGAAUCACCAAGCCCGCCAUUCGCCGUCUGGCUCGCCGUGGCGGCGUGAAGCGUAUCUCCGGCCUGAUCUACGAGGAGACCCGCGGUGUCCUGAAGGUGUUCCUUGAGAACGUGAUCCGUGACUCCGUCACCUACACCGAGCACGCCAAGAGGAAGACCGUUACGGCCAUGGACGUGGUCUACGCUCUGAAACGCCAGGGACGCACCCUGUACGGUUUCAGCGGUUAA